GGUGCGGCUGGCUUCCGCUGUGUUAAGAAGCAGUGCGGCUUGGUUGGGUUGUGUAUCGGAGGACGCAUGACUUUCAACCUUCGUCUCUCCCGAGCCCGUACGGGAGUUGUAGCGAUGAGACAAGAUAGUAGCUACUACAACAUACCACGAAAUUGGGGAGAAAAAGGGGUCAAAUUCAACAACAAAAAACACAGCCAUGAAUAAAGAAUGUGAAAGGGAAAUAUUUGCUUCUGCCAGAGGGUGGUCAUAUGGUUGUAGAGAUGACCGUUCUAGGUGGUCUGGUUGUUGAUUUAAGCAGAGCACGUUUCCCCUACAUCACUUCCGUUCAUCUGCUAAUCGAGUCAGAAAGACAGUGAAAAUGGCGGCUUUCGGACGAAUUUCUCAAACGCUCCUGCGGUCCUCAUUGAUCCAGACUCGUCAACUCUCUGCCACAGCGGCCCAUGGUCAUGCAGAGCAAACCGCCAGAACAUGGAAGAUCCUCUCCUUUGUGGUUGCCCUUCCGGGAGUUGCAGUGUGCAUGUUGAACAUGUACCUGAAAAUGCAGCACCAUGCUGCGCACCAUGUGGAGCCAGAGUUUGUCCCUUACAGCCAUCUUCGCAUUCGCAGCAAGCGUUUCCCUUGGGGAGAUGGCAACAAGAGCCUGUUCCACAACCCUGAAGUGAAUGCCCUCCCUGAUGGCUAUGAGGGACGUGACGAGUGAUCUCUCCCUCAGACCACCUCACACACUGGGACCAGUCUCUUUCUUCAAUUCAUUACUGUUACUGGACCACACUCUCCAAACUGUUUACUCUUCUCUAUUCUAUUAUGUUUACCUCUGUGCACCUGCCACAAGGGACCCAAAAUCUUAGUUAUGUUUUUCUGGACCAUUUAACACAAUUUCUGCUUAAUUUAAAUAAAAAUAAAUAAUUACUACCAAAAUA